CAGGUUUACAAUGACAGCACUUCCUGAUUCUUGAUGGUCAGCGGGUUGCGGAUAAGGUACUUGCGGGUCGGCUAGCGGGUAAGAAUUUGGAUCCGGGUUGCAGGGUACGGACCCGUGCAGAACUCUACAGCUGUGGUUGAUUGUGAAAGAGUCAGCAGAAUGUAAACAGAAGCAUAAUGGAAUGUUUGGAAAACGGACUCAAGUUUCAAACGUGCAUGCAUAUCAUUAGAUGAAGAACAAGAUCUGUGGGCGCCUGUGUUUGUUUGCCAUGAUCAUUCUCUAGGGCUUCACAGCUGUGUUUGGAAAGGUGAAGACUACAGGGCAAGAAAAUGCUAAAAUUACGGAUUUUACAAUGAAAGCUUAAAGUAGGUCAGUAAACCUUACAAUUCACGCUUUUGGAAUUUCUGUUAAUCAUUGCUAAGGGGUCAUUUUAAUUGCCGCCAAUCAAAAUGCCUAUCCGUGGAUUGUGGAUCUUAAGUCACAGACAAGGACAGCCUGCAGUGAUGAGGUUUUCAAGGCGAUAUCCUACUGUAGAAAAACGAGCAAAGAUAUUUAACAAAGCAAGUUAUGUGGACAUCCCCAAGGACAAUGAUCUGCUUAAAGCUUUGCUUCAGGAGCUGGGGCUCACAGAUGAGAAUAUAAACUUUGUGGAAUACAGAGACAAUUGUUCCCGAAUCAACAAGACAAAUGUCUAUUCAUUGUCUGUGUCUGAAAGAAAACUCUGGCCUGUUUUGGCCGUCCAAAAAGCAGAUUAUAUAUAUGUCUGUCUUCCUUUGGUUGAACAGUCCCUGACGCCACCACCACCUCUUAUAACAAUUAACAGCAUCUCUGAAGCUUUUGCUCUAAUAUCUGGAGUGAUUUUGUUUAUUAAUGCUGGACAGAGCAAUGAAGCCGAAGUCUCAUGUAAGCUUGCCCAGCUCCCUAUUUUGGUAACACAGGCUUGUCCACUAGGUUCACCCAUUGAUACCAACUUGUUUGCUUUGCAUGAUAAUUCAACAACCUCUGCCAACCAGACAUGCAAAACCCCAGCAUGGAAAACCAGUAAACAGAAGGGCAAAGCUCAAAUUGAUGUUUCCAUUACUGAAAAUGUAGAAUCUACACAAUAUGACAAGGGUGAUGAUAGUGACACAUGGCGAGUGUUUGGAACAGUAUCAUGCAAGUGCAAUUUGGAAGCAAUCACUCCCAAUGUAACAGUCGGUUUGAAUCUUCCUGCCAAUGGCUCCCCACUUCAAGAUAUCCUGGUCCAUCCCUGUGUGACUUCUGUUGACUCUUCCAUGCUAAUAUCGAGCAGUGUUGCCGUAACUGAUGAUUCUGCAUUCAAUGGACCCUACAAAUUUCCAUUCAUUCCUCCUUCAGAUGUGUUCCAGUUGUGCUAUUACACAUCUCAGGUACCUGUGCCACCAAUUCUGGGGUUUUAUCAGAUGACAGAAGAAGGCUCACACGUUCACUUAUCUAUUAAACUGAAACUUCAUGAAAGUGUAAAGAAUGGAUUUGAAUACUGUGAUGCUAAAAUACCUUUCUUCAACCGGGGCCAAAUAAAGCACUUAGAGUAUAAAGUUAGCCAUGGGCAACUUGAACUAUCAAGGGAAAAGAGCCUUUUGGUAUGGGUAAUUGGUCAAAAAUUUCCCAAAUCCCUUGAAAUUUCUUUGACUGGAACAGUGAACUUCAGUUCAGAGUCCCAUCCAAAUGAUCCUGCAGACCCUAUAUGUGUUGGGACCACAGCAUACGUCAAACUUUUUUUUAGGAUUCCGGACUAUAGUCUAACUGGCUGUUAUGCGGACCAACAGACUAUGCAAGUGUUUUCAUCAGCAAAGCCAAAAAUUGUUACAUCCAGAGAACUCAUUUCUUCAGACUAUUAUAUUUGGAACUCCAAAUCACCAGCACCAGUGACAAGCAGAUCUUUUUAUGCAUAAUCCUUCUGCCCACUUCCUAGUUUUUUAAUGCUAAGCACACUUUAAAGGGCGAUGAUGAUGUAGAGGGUUCUAUUCUCAGACAAUUUACAAUUGGUUUUCAUCUUAUUCAUAAUUAUUUGUGUUUUAUUUGAGUUAUUUAGCUUAUUAUUCAACAGUUCUCCAGUGUCCACUUUCAGUACUCUAGGUACUAGGGCCCAAAUUACCCUAGCAACCAUUUGAAUGAGACUGGAAUAUGAAUAAGAGAUGGCCUCAAAAGAAAGAUGAGUAAUACAAAGUCGCAAUAAAAUAAUGUGUAUCCUUAAA